AGCGAUUAGAGGAGGUGGAACUUUUGUUCCGUUGCUGCCAUGUAAUUCGUGCAGUACCAAUUAGUUAUAGCGUACGCCCGGACAACAGAGCAAAGGCUGGGUAUCACUUUGACGGGAGAUGGCUUUUCUUUUGAUUCCGUUUAUUUAAAGGGAACUUUAGGAUGACGGGGUUUCCUUCCUUUUGAGCGCAAAUGAUCGCGCACGCAAGUAUAUCGCCAUUUUACACCAUCCAGUGCCCUGGACGCAAAAUGUUUUCGGGAUGAAGCCCCCGGCGCUUUUCAUCGGUAAGCAAAACGAGAUGUGCUCGACGUAGCUUUGUUUGCUGUUUAAUAUUAUGACCGGCAUCCGUUUUGUGGUAUCCGAAUGAAAGCCUGCGCAUUGCGGUGCGGUUUGUUUUCCUUUCGUCUCGUAUUUUGGAGCGUCGGGCAUCCCCUCCUCUCCCACGCAUCACCUAAUCGAUAAUCGAUUACAUGGACUUGGGGCAGAUGUCACGCUUUCUUCUAUGCCAUCAUCGCUGCAUGUGAUAGACUGCAGCUCUAUUUGGGACAUCACUGGCUCUCCUGUGUCAUAAAUGAAAAACAAACCCUACCCUCUAAAAUUCACACCACCAUGGGAGAAGAAUGCUGGCUUUGGAAGAAAACACAAGUCUUGCACGAGAAGCCACACCAAAAUAAUCGCCAACCCUGGAAUAGUGAUGAAAGUGCUACGGCGGAAGAAGAUCAUCAUGUUUCUGGCCUAUUUUCUGCUGGUGGCUUUGACCAUGCUGAACCUGGCUAAUUACAAAUGGACCAAAGAGCCACAGCAGUGCAACCAGCCAGUGCAGGGAGUGAACUUCCAAAGCAGGUCGGACAUCCGAUACCUUUACAAAGCCCCGCAGGUCAAGAAAAGGCAGCUGGUGUAUGUGUUGACCACUUGGAGGUCCGGCUCGUCUUUUUUCGGGGAGCUCUUCAACCAAAACCCAGACGUGUUUUUCUUGUACGAGCCCAUGUGGCAUAUUUGGCAGAAGCUGUACCCUGGGGACGCCGUGUCCCUCCAAGGAGCGGCCAGGGACAUGCUGAGCUCUCUUUACAGGUGUGACUUCUCAGUUUUUCAGCUCUACAACAGUCCUGGAGGGAAGAACAUAACCACUCUUGGACUGUUUGGGGCCGCCAUCAAUAAGGUCAUCUGCUCCUACCCCUUCUGCACGUCCUACAGGAAGGAUGUGGUGGGAAUGGUGGACGAAAAGAUUUGCAGAAAGUGUCCUCCACAAAGCCUUCAGAUGCUGGAGGAAGAGUGUUUAAAAUACAACACGAUCGUGAUCAAAGGAGUUCGCAUUUUGGACGUCAACGUCCUGGCCCCUCUAAUGGAGGACCCUUCUUUGAAUCUGAAAGUGAUUCAUCUGGUACGAGACCCCAGGGCGGUGGCCAACUCCAGGAUUAAAUCCCGACACGGGCUCAUACGGGAGAAUUUGCAAGUCGUGCGCAGCAGAGACCCCAAGCUUCGUCGCGUGCCAUUUGUGGACCCCAACCACAAAAUGAACAAAAAAGACGGCUCAGAUUACCACUCCAUUGGAGCCAUGGAGGUGAUCUGCGAACAAAUGUCUAGAACUCUGAAAACCGCUCUCCACCCUCCCAACUGGUUCAAAGGCAAAUACAUGACGGUACGCUACGAGGACCUGGUGGAGAACCCCAUUAAAACUGUUCGGAAUGUUUACCGCUUCGUUAACCUUUCAGCCAAUCACGACAUUGAGAUCUUUGCUAUGAAUAUGACAACAGGGCCGAACGCCUCCACCAAACCGUUCAUCGUCUCCUCCAGGAACGCCACGCAGGCGGCCAGCGCCUGGAGAACUGUGUUGAACUACCAGCAGAUCAGACAGGUGGAGGAAUACUGUCAGCAUGCCAUGUCUCUGCUGGGAUACCUGCGCGUUCGCACGGCCGGGGAGGCUAAGGAUUUGAGCAGGCCAUUAUUGACAGUGCCCAAAAUAUAAACCACCGCCAAAGACGUUUGAUGUUUUGCAUUUGUGCUGAUAACAGCCUGAUACUCAUUCUGUACGAACUGUUAUUUAUGUUCAAUGCUUAAUGGCUCAGUGGAAUGUAUCUGUUUGCAUCAUACUGUGCACAGCCACUUAUUGUAUGUUGGGACCAGAAUAUUGUCUGUGCAUCACCACAUGUUCGACCAAAUAAGAGAGAAAAAAUACUUUGUGUACGAUGUGUCAUUGAUCAUUAAAGCUACGCCAAGAUAUUUAUUUAAUCAAAACAUUUAGAUCUGGCAUUCACUGAUUUCAGGGCUGUACAGACCAAAGGGCAUCUAUCUAAAUAGUCUCACUGUCCUCUGUGUCUAAUUUAAAUCAGCUGAGGCAUGCUCUAGUUCCUGUAGACUUUGUCUCUGGGUUAACACGUCCAUAAACGGGUCAUUCUUGUUAUGCAGUACAUUUUCGUGUCCCCAUCAUGUCUUAAUUUAAGGGAUAAAAUAUUAAAUCUAUCUACUCCAGUAAAAAGUAAUAGAUUUAAAAUGUAUGUGUUUUAUACUAAGUAUAGUACAAGUCUAUUAAAAUAUUUACUGACACAUCCCUCGAGACUUACUAAUAUAGAAAUUGUAUUUAAACUUUAUUUGGAGGACUACUUGUGCACAGUGCACAUUUCUUAAUAUUAUUCCUAAAAUAUAUUUUAAUGUCAGUACUGAUGAGGAUUGUAUGAUCUUUAAAUAAUAUUGGUCUUUAAAUGCAAAAUAUUUAAAGUGCUUGCAUUAAGUACAAAAUUAGUUGUUUUAAUUUAGCAGACUUUAAGUAUAUCAGUUUAGUAUAAUAAGUACAAUUGCAGAGUAUUUUAAUUAAGUACAUAAUAUGUAAAUGUAUUUGUGACUCUGGACCGCAAACCAGUCAUAAGUAGCACAGGUGUAUUUGUAGCAAUAGCCAAAAAUAGACAGUAUGGGUCAAAAUUAUUGAUUUUUCUUUUAUGCCAAAAAUCAUUAGGAUAUUAAGUAAAGAGCAUGUUUCAUGAAUAUACUUUGUAAAUUUCCUACGGUAAAUAUAUCAAAACUUAGUUUUUGAUAGUAAUAUGCAUUGCUAAGAACUUCAUUUGGGCAACUUUAAAGGGCGAUUUUCUCAAUAUUUAGAUUUUUGUUUUGGCACCCUCAGAUUACAGAUUUUCAAAUAGUUGUAUUUCGGCCAAAUAUCGUCCUAUCCUAAUAAACCAUACAUAAGUGGAAAGCUUAUUUAUUCAGAUCAUGUAUAAAACUUAAUUUAAAGAAAUGUACUUAGCAUAAAAUAAAUGUAUUUUAAAUACAUUUAUUUUUCACUAGGAUAUCUAUCUAUCUAUCUAUCUAUGUGUUAUUGUCACAUCUCUGUUAUCACUUACCUAUCAAAACUUUAACUAGCUUUAACUUUCAUAAACCAGUUCCUUUACGACAUCAUCCUUUAGGAAGUGAAACUGUUGUCAGCAAGAAAUAAACAGUAUCACUAUUAGCUGUGUACUUAAUAAGUUUUGUGCUAUUAUUUAGUUUAUCCACCCAUCUUUUGUGAUAAAAUGACAGAAAUCGACUUUAUAAUAUCAAUACUUUAAAAGAUGGUUAACUUCUUUUUUCUCUCUGUCUCUCUGAGCAAUGGCUAACUUUAGCUCUUCAUUUCCAUCUUAUGUAAGAUAUAAUUAAAUUUUAGGUGCCUGAGCUUGACCUAAUAUUUCUAAGAUUUUUCUAUACUCUUUAAUAGAAAUGCUUAAGUUAGAGAUCUUCAAAGGUACUGCAUAACAGCAAUGACCCAAUCACUGUAUCAGUGUGGUUCACCUAAAAAGGUCUGAGAGUAAGUCACUCUCAGCUGCAUGAUUUCUUUCAGUUCCACUUCUAGGGCUGGACAAGAGGUCUGUAUUUCCCUUUUUUUAUUGCAGAAUUGUUAUGAUUAAUAUUAAGGCUAUUAGCGUAAGGUUAGAGAAGGAAUAAUAACUCUUUGCCGCGCCCUGAUUCCAAUGUGGCCCGUAGAAUUGCAUUCUUAAAACACGUCUAGCAGGUUUUAAUUUAGCUCAUUUCUCGGCAUGAAAGUCUGGUUUAAACAGAGAGGAAAUGAAUUUGUGACAGUAUGUACUCCCAAACUUCUGGGUUUGGUAGGUGUGUAGAUAUCAUGACAUUUAAAAAAAUACAGCCGUCCCUGUUGCAAAAAAGCACAGUGACUUUGACCAUAUGCAAAUGUUUUUACAUACAAUCUGCAUUUUUUUCAUUUAAGUUACACCCUGCUGGAAAUCUGGAUUGAUUUCAUAUAGAUUGAUCCCUGUGUUUCUCAUCUCUUAGUCUCACAUUUGCGUUGUAAAUCUUUUAAAUCACAGGGCAUAUCGACAUAUUUCAAAAGAAAAUCACACUUUCUCAAAGUAUGACUAGGUCACACUGUGUUUACUGUUUCAUUUACUUCCAUUCAAAUGCAGGAGGAAAGAAAUGCAAACAUGUAGAAGUCUGUCUUUCACUGUGUGAAUAUAAAUUAGCUUCGGUAUAACAAACUUCAAAAAGGUAUGAGUGUGGAAAAUGUAGAAGAUAAUAUAUCUUAACAUUUGGAUUUAUGAUUAUUUACCGUUUAUAACUGAUGACAUCAUUUUCUGUUGCGUGGCCUGAAGUAAUUUUGCACAUUUAAAGAAUUUUAAAAUAUUCUUUAGAACUUUCUGUCUAUCAAAGAAUCAUGGGGAAAAAAGUAUCAUGGUUGCCACAAAAAUAUUAUCAAACAUUACAAUGAUAACAAGGAAUUUUAUUUGAUCAGAAUAGUUUCUGAAGGAUCAUGUGACACUGGAGUGAUGAUGCUGGAAUAAAUUAAAUUCUUAAAUAUAGUAAAACAGAAAACAUCUAUUUUAAAUUGUAGUAAUAUUUCACAAUAUUAAAUUUUUUAAUGUAUUUUUAAUCAAAGAAGUACAGCCUUUGUGAGCAUUAAAGACUUACAAUAAAAAGAAAUCCCUAUACAAUCCCAAUGUAUACUAUGCACCAACAGCAGUUUGUACAUUUUCUAGAAUAAACUAGGUUACCGUUACGCAUCUAUAGUGACGUCUGUACCAGUGCAAAAGCUAUUUUAAGAGCCAAGCGUCUGUAAUAUCAGGGAAACAACAGUGCCAGCCGCUCUGUUCCUAACAUGUCAGUGAUGUAGAUGCUCUUUAAACUGUCAACUGUAGUAGACCGCAAAUCUGAGACAAUCAGUCUGUCUCUCAGGGGUAUCCAGUGACUAUGAUUCCUUGAUUCUGUGAAGUGGGCUACAGCGUCUCUUGCAGCAGUGUGUGAGAGCGAUUGAGCAAUGGGAAACCACGAGAGAGCAGCCUCUGUUCUCCACAAAUAGCAGCUGCGGGUGGGGAGGCCCCUGAUGGGUCGGGAGCAGAGGGCUGGAUGUGGAGUGGGUGCUGAAUGGCUGGGCUUGAAGAUCUGUUGGCGCUCAAUGCGGGUCCCGGCAAGUGCCCUGGCCCUUCGCCAUCUCUGUGCCCUUAUCCUGCUGUUGUAAAGGGAACGUGAGGUGAGAGAGAAACCUGAAAUCACUUCUUGGAUGUCCCUGAUAGCACUAUGACCUCCUGAUGACACUUCCAGUAAUACAGGAUGUUUAAGAUAAGCAGCUUACUGUAAACGUACACUGCUUGUAAAAUAUUUGGACACACAUGACUGAAAAGUGUUGACUCAUGGCUGUCAGAAUACCAACAUUUCAGUAGUCCAUAUCCAUUACAAUUAAAUGUGUGAUUCUCUGUACCACGGAAAAACCUAAUAUACGAUUGCAUAUGAAUUUUA